UAACGGUUUAAACUGGGAUACUGACUUUGAUUCAGGUUCCGUAUCAGUGUUUCAGGUUCAAGAUCCAAACCGUAAAAACAAAGAUUUGCAAUAAUUUUAAUUAGGCGGCAAUCGGCAAUGAUGAUGUCGUUCGGCAAGUUUGUGCUGCUCCUGGCCCUCAUCCAUGUGCAUCACUGUACCGGAGCCAUUGCCGCAUCCUCGGCCAGGACCAUCUACUACCGGAAUACCCCACCCGAUCCGUUUGGCCACUACAGCUUCGAGUUCCAGACCACCAAUGGCAUCACCACCAAGGGGGCCGGGAACGAGAACGGAGCCGUCGGAGUGGUUCAGUUCGUGUCCCUCGAGGGCAUUCCCGUCACCUUCUCCUACGUCGCCGAUGCGAAUGGCUAUCGGCCGACUGGAGACCAGAUUCCGGCCAUUCCGCUCCACGUAAUCCGCCAGUUGGAGUACAUCCGCACUCAUCCGCCGGUGGAUGAGCGUCGGUCGAGGCGUUGGUAAAUCUCUCGGAUAUAAACAAAAAUUAUAAUUCGAAGCUUAAAUAGCUGUCGAUUGGCUGGCCGAAUAUCGUUACAGUUGGGGAAUAUUUUUAUUUCGUAUUUAUGUUUAUUGUUUCUCCAUGCAAAUGGGACAUACGAAAUAACAAAACAGCGCCAGCAAAAAAAAAAAACCAUGCCAAAAUACCUUGCAAGCCAAUAAAUAUUCUAGAAAUAUAAAUAAAGUACUAGACUUAAUUGAUCUGUGUUCUGGAAGUCCGGAAAGUUUAUCCAAAGGAUGGAAGUUUAUUCAAUAAAUAACA